CAGACAUCUGUCAGACACCUCCUGGCUUUCCAUUUAUGCUUAUGGGAAUGACGUUAAUUGAACUUUAUCGGUGAUAUUUUUUUAAACCCUGCGAUAUUUUAGUUUCUUCGAGAGCGACUGAAGACAGAAAAUAAGAAUCCUCUUAGUUUACGUUAAAAUGACUGGAGUUUUCGACACUCUCAAUACAGAUAUGCAUUCAAACCAAAUUACCUCCAACAGCUACCACAGCUUGCACAAAUCGCAAGAGUCGCCAACUCUACCAGUGUCGACCGCAACGGAUAGCAGCUACUACCAGCAACCUGGACACUGCACAGGGUCUCCUUACGGCCAACUCGGUUCUUAUCAGUACCAUAACAGUGGUUUAAACAGCGUUCAAUACAACAACAAAUCCUACGACCUAGGUUUCAACUCCUCUUUCGGCACAUAUGGCUCAUAUGGCUCCAGCGUAUCACCAGCCCAAACCGAAGCAGAAAAAGAAGAAAGUGAACCUGAAAUUAGAAUGGUCAACGGUAAACCAAAGAAGGUCCGAAAACCAAGAACAAUUUAUUCAAGCUUCCAGCUCGCUGCCCUUCAGAGGAGAUUUCAGAAAACUCAAUAUUUGGCGCUGCCCGAAAGAGCUGAACUGGCAGCCUCAAUGGGCCUUACGCAAACCCAGGUCAAAAUCUGGUUUCAGAAUCGUCGUUCGAAGUUCAAGAAGUUGUGGAAAAGUGGAGAAAUUCCCCACGAGCAACAUGUGGCCUCCAGUGAGUCUCCUCCUUGCCAUUCUCCGCCAGUCUCCGUGGCAUGGGACUUUCCACCGAAUCAAAGAAUGAACAAUGUAAACUCGGCUCUGCCGCAAAGCAGCAGUCCUCCGAACCCAACUGCGCCUUCCUUUUUGGCAAAUUAUUCUUGGUAUUCAUCAACGAACUCAGCCGCACAUCUGCAGCCCAACACACUAGUACAGCACCAUCACAAUGCAGCAAUGAGUGCUGGGACAAUAUUUUAAACAAUGACUUUUUUUUCCCCUGGAGAAUUAUGACGAUAUAACAAUUUCCAACGACUGUGCCCCAGUGGAUGCGCUGAGUCUGACUGCUCAAGUUUGGCCAAGUUUAUUUUACGUGCCAGUGUCUUUCCACAUAAUAGCCUACACUGUUUUUUUCUUUGAUGAGAAAUUGCGAACUGGCGGACGCUAAAGAAGCAGCAUGCGGUUAUUUUUGUAUUUAUUUAUUUUGUUCAUUUUGGUUCAAAUAAGGGACAACAUAUAAUUGUUCACCAAACCACUAAAAUCCAAAGCGAUAUAGAAUAUAUUGCAUGCUCCUCAUGCAAACAUUGCUGUCACCUUUCAACAGGAUGCGCGUAUCAAUGUCAAAUAUGUAGCACAAAAUUUGAAAACUAUUGUGCCUUUUGAGAAAAAUGACCUCAUUUUUGUUGUCCACCAUAAAUGUUUUGCUGUGUUUCUAUCAUCGUCUCUUUUGUAUUCUAUAGAAGAUAAGGAUGUGGAAUCCGUUAGACUAGACGUUUCAUGCCAUCACUGAAUGUUGCUUUGGUAUACCCUUCUCAUUAUUAUGUAAUUUUUAUUUUGUUGAAUAUUGGGACAGCAACAAACGGACCAUAACGUUUAAGCUACUGAUGUUUUCACGCUCAGAUGAUAGGCCUAUUUUAACUACUUUAUUUGUAUUUAUUUCAUGACCGAUAAAUAGUUCUGCAUUGAUUCAAAGGUUAUUU